UUCGGGAGCGGAUGCCCCCCUCGCGCGUUGUCAUGCCGACUCCUCGCCGCCGCCAUCCUUCAAGCCGUGUGAGCGAGCUGGCGGCGGCGGCGGCUGCUGAGCCCAAUGCCGGAGGAGCUCCAGUCGGUCCUCAGCCUCGGCUGCUGCAGCCGCUUUGAGCGGCGCUUCUCGGCUUCUGCCUCUUAACAAAAGGAUUCGGCGUCAGAAAGGUGGGAGAAGAGGGACGCCGCGCGCGGGGGGCCAGAGAGGCGGCAGCCCACCCCUCUUCGGACUAUUGUUGCAGCGGGCGAGAGAAAGGAGGCGGGAGAUGGAAGAUGGAAGAAAGCGACGGUGGGGGAGAAACAUUUGUUUGGGUUAAUGGUGCAUCAGCUCACUGCCAGAGUGUUGCCAAGGCCAAAUAUGACUUUUUAUUUGGUGGAUCAGAAAAUGAAACUGCAUCAGAAUCUGGUAGCCAUGGAGGUAGUGCUCUUCUCCCACACAGCAUCAAUGAAUUCCCAGAAUAUGGGUCUGUAGAAGCUCAGACAUUGGAGAAAUCGCCUGAGAUUCAAGGGAAAGACGUAACAAGUGCUUUGGAUGGACAUCUGAGUGAUCAGAUGCUGUGCGAACUUUAUGAAAAUGGGAGUUCUGGUGAUGGAAUGGAAACAGCUUCUGAAACAUUGCAAAGCCUGCCCCAAGAGGAAGAACAUUCCCAGCUUCUUGACAGACAGAGUGAGAUUUCUCAAGAUUUAGAAUCAGAAAAGGCCCAUGAUGCAGGCAGUAAAGUUUUUGGUUCAGAGAUACAAAUGGAAAGUGAGAGAAGGACUGAAAGAACAGUUGAAGAGGUAGCUAGGGAGAAAGUUCUUACAGGCCAGGAAAAGCCUUCAGAAAUACCUCUUCCAUCUGAGGUAAUAUCAGAGAGAAAAUUGUACUGGAUCACAGAAGAAGACUCUAUGAUCUUAACUGUGAAAGUUCAGCCUGCGACCUUGCAAACUUCUGAUGGUGGAGGAACUGAGGAAGCCCAGAAAACAUGCAAAAGGAGUAAUCACCUGCCUUUGGCUGGUCCAAAGGAUGAAAACCUGAGCAUUGAUGGUGGCGUCGGAGAUGCCUGGGCAGAAUUUGAGCGGGAGUUUGCCAUGGGUGAUGCAGAAAAAGCCGAAGCAUUCCCUGAGAGGAGGAUAUCAAAAGAGACAGCAAUGAACAAACAUGUGGAAUUUCAGGGGGUGGAAAUUCUUUGGAUACAAAAAGCCGAGGAACAGAAAGAAAAGGGGCGCUCUGAAAUAGAGAGUGUAGAAAGGAGAACUUUCUCCAACUUGCCAAACCAUCACACACCAUACAUUCCUUCAACAGGAUUAAUUGGCUUGCCUGAUCGCCCUUGGAAUGUGUCCUGGAAAAACCUCAAAUCACUGACAUCCUUGACAAAAGGUGAAGAAGAUGAAGUCUCUGGAAGUAAAGAAAAGGAUUGGGCUCAGGAAGGAAAAUCUGGGCCAGACAAGGACAGGCUAAUGGAGGAAGAAGAAGGGCUCAGUGGGAAAAUGGAAGAUGUCCUUGGGCAACUCUCUGAAAUCUCAACAGAUGUGUACAGCUCCCAGUUUGAAAGCAUUCUGGACAAUGCAUCUUUAUAUUACAGUGCCGAGUCACUAGAAACGUUAUAUUCUGAGCCUGACAGCUACUUCAGCUUUGAAAUGCCACUUACUCCAAUGAUCCAGCAGCGUAUCAAAGAAGACGCUCAGUUUUUAGAAAGGACUCCCGAAGGGGUGAUGAGGAAGGACUCUUGCAAUGGAGUCGCCAAUGGACUCGGAGACGUUAAUGAGUCAGACAUCGCUGCAGCUUGUCCUUCGGAAAGCAAUGCAAGACUGGAAUGUACUACACCAUUAGAUGCCACAGGGGAUAUGGGCAGCCAUGAUAUUCUGGAAAAAGAGGGACAUGAAAACCUGAGCCAGGACCUCAUCAAUGGCACAACCGGUGGCAACGUGGAGGCUGCGCGGAGGCUGGCAAAGCGCCUCUAUCAUCUGGAUAGGUUCAAACGAUCUGACGUGGCAAAGCAUUUGGGGAAAAACAAUGAGUUUAGUAAGCUGGUAGCUGAAGAAUACCUCAAGUUCUUUGAUUUCACGGGCAUGUCUUUGGAUUACUCUCUCAGGACAUUUUUUAAAGCUUUUUCCCUCAUCGGAGAAACUCAGGAAAGAGAGAGAGUUCUAGUUCAUUUCUCCAGCAGAUACCUCCAAUGCAACCCCAGUGCUAUUUCCACACAAGAUGGAGUCCAUUGCCUCACAUGUGCAAUGAUGCUGCUUAACACUGACCUUCACGGCCAUAACAUUGGCAAAAAGAUGUCCUGUCAAGAAUUCAUUGCCAACCUUCAAGGAAUGAAUGAGGGUGCAGAUUUCCCAAGAGAACUCCUGAAGGCUCUUUACAAUUCAAUCAAAAAUGAAAAGCUUGAGUGGGCAGUAGAUGACGAAGAGAAGAAAAAAUCCCCUUCUGAUGGUACUGAUGAGAAGGAUAAUGGAAAGUCUGUCAGUCGCAUCGGCAAUUCCAAUAACCCCUUCCUGGACAUUCCUCAUGAUCCCAAUGCUGCUGUGUACAAAACCGGAUUCCUGGCACGUAAAAUCCAUGCUGAUAUGGAUGGAAAGAAGACUCCACGAGGAAAGAGAGGAUGGAAAACCUUUUAUGCUGUCCUUAAAGGAACUGUACUUUAUUUGCAGAAGGACGAAUACAAACCAGAGAAGGCUUUAUCAGAGGAUGACCUUAAGAAUGCUGUCAGCGUUCACCAUGCGCUAGCAUCAAAGGCAACCGACUAUGAGAAGAAGCCAAAUGUUCUGAAACUGAAGACAGCUGACUGGAGAGUUUUGCUUUUUCAAGCUCAGAGCCCUGAAGAAAUGGAGUCCUGGAUCAAUAAGAUCAAUUCUGUAGCGGCCGUUUUUUCUGCCCCACCAUUUCCAGCUGCAAUUGGAUCCCAGAAGAAAUUUAGCCGCCCUCUCUUACCUGCCUCCACCACCAAAUUAUCUCAGGAUGACCAGCUAAAAUCCCACGAGAGCAAACUGAAGCAAGUCUCUACUGAACUAGCUGAACAUCGUUCCUACCCACCUGAUAAGAAACUUAAGGGCAAGGAGAUUGAAGACUACAAGUUGAAAGACCAUUAUUUGGAAUUUGAGAAAACCCGUUAUGAAAUCUACGUGUCUCUUCUCAAAGAAGGAGCAGGAAAGGAGCUGCUGAGUACCAGUGAGAUUGAUGGUCCUGGACUGAAGAAAUGCCACUCCAGCCCUUCAUUAAAUCAGGAGUCUCCUGUUAGUGCCAAGGUGAAGCGUAAUGUCUCUGAGAGGAAGGACUAUCGACCGGAAACUCCCAGUAUCAAGCAGAAAGUUACUUAAGAAAACUAAGGCAGGCUGAAGGAUCACACACCGCUCUCUCUCUCUUUGAUAAUAACCUGUCCUUUGCGAAACAAACAAAAAUUAACACAUCUGCCUGAAUGGGUGUUAGUGACAUUUUUCAGUUGUAAAUUUUGUUGUUUCUGUACAGGUUGUUGGAAAUGUUUUGGCUUCUAACUUGCAUUUGUCUAGUUAAGUUAUCAUAGAGCAAUUGAUCCAGUCCUCCUUUUUCUCAAAAACAUUGGAAUGGGACAGGAGAGAUGUCAUGGUAUAUUUAUCUCUCUGUCAUAUGUUGGUCUUCUUUUGUUGGCUUGUAAUUUUCAUCUGAACUGCUGCUGCUGCUGUUCGGCCGUGGGGGAAUGUCAAGACAAAUGGAGCUUAUCAACUUGUUAAGCCUUGUCAGCGGAUAAGCUAAGAUGUAAAAGAGACUGGGUACAAAAAUGUUCAUGUGUUGCCAAGCUCGAUAACAACACGUUGUGGAAGAUACGCCAGUAACUAGAUUAUUGAGUGAUCAGUCAUUGUGAUAAACUUUAUGAGUUACCAAGUUAAUAUUUAGAUGAAGACCUUCAGUGAGUAGAAAUGAUUUCAACCGAAACAGGUCUUAUUUUUUUCAUGUUUCUGGAUAGAAACUUUCUACCAUAACCGUCUCUGUUCUAUCUGCACACAAUGCUACCCUAAUGAUUCUCAACAGCAAAUAAUCAUAUAUUCGUUGUAUUGAUAUCAGUAGCAUGUAAUGUUUUUGUUCAGUUGGCAUUACGAUCCUCCUUCAGAUGUUUAAGUAUUUUCAGGCACUUUAUAAACUAGUUGAUCGAAAUCUGGUAUCAUUGCAGUCCCCAUUUGCUAACCAACAGUUCCCCUAUGCUAUAGAAUUACCUAACAGAGAUGUCUGUCUAUCCCCAUACCAAUAUUGUAUUUCCUGAUUUAAAAAAAAAAUAUAGCCCAAGAACUCUCUCAUUAUUACAGUUCCUAGAGUGGUCUCAUUCCCAUUGCAGAGGAUGGUGUUACAUCUGACUCUUCCUGGGGGUGAGAAACAUCUUGCAACGUAAACCAAAGAGAAAAGAAAUAACCAGAAUAACAGAGGAUUAAGUUAUAAUUAGGAGCCAUGGAAAAAGGCUUUCUAGGGAAUAAGAAGUUUGGAAAAUUGUGGAAGGGCACCUCGUUAAACCCAGAAAUGGCAGCUCAAAGAUAAGAACACAUGCCCUAGAGGGGCAUUAUUUUCUAGGCGGAGUUGGUACAUUUCUUUGCCCACUUUUUGAAGAGGAUACAUUGUGUAAAAAAAGACACAUCCCCUAGGCUCUGUCAGGCUGGGAGAUAAGAAAAGGACAGGGUGACACAUGUGAAAGCUCUGAAUUAGGAUCCUAAAUUUAGAAUACUAAAUAAAAGCUGUCAGUAGUCAGGACAUUCUUUAUAAGUGCAAUUAAAGUAUUGUUCUAUUUUAGUACCGGUAACUUGUGGCUCUUUAGAUGCCACAAAUAUUAUAGUUCCCAGCAUCAAUCACUAUUAGAAAGCUGUACCUGCUAAAUAAGGUGCACAUCAGAAGCUCAUUAAGAUAGGACUCUCUUACCACCUGUAACUAAGAAAAAUUUCCUUCAUUUUUCAGUCAUGAUUUAUCAUUUUAUGUGAUGAAUACUAAAUUGAUAUUUAUGCUGCUGGAUAAAUUGCUAGUGCCUGCCAAAAUAGAAAGAUUCCCCCCCCCCCAAAAAGUGGCAAAUGUUUCUGAAUCCAGUAUUUUUCAUCAAGAGUUCAGAAAAGCCAGCAGACUGCCAGCCUUGUUGAAAUGAAAAGAGGUGGCAGUAAAAUGAUGGGACGGAUUUACAUCAUCUUUUUUAAAAAGUGGGAAGGAAGGGGUUGUGUUAGUUCAGUGUAUGCUUUGUACUAAUGGAGUACAGGGGAAAAAAUGAGGCUGUAAAAAGUUUGGGAAGGAGACCUCGGUAAGGCUGGGGAGAGAUACAUAUGAGAAAUGUUAAACUUAUCCCUUGAAAACAGAGAAACUACUUUUUUCUCUGCACAUGUGUGAGACAGUAAUACUAUAUUAACACUAUAUAUGGUGUUUACAUAGCUAAAGUAGACUAAGCUGAGUUAUUCAAGAGCCCUUCUAGGUCGGUUGGCGGUUAGCCUCCAUGACUGUUUGUUGAGUGUUACUGAUGGUGUUGGCAGAUUCUAGGAUAGCAGGGUUUUUAGUUUUGCAUUUUGGAAUGACUACACUACAGCAUAGUAGGAAUUAUCCGGUGUGGGCGAUUAUUCCUUUCACCCAUUGCACUAAGUUCAAGUUUAUUUUAAUCAAACUCCGUUGUGCCGACCAUAAUGGCUAGUUUUGCCAAUAUACUGAGCCAAAGUCAAAAUGAAAUACCCCAUGGCAUAAAACAAUGUGGUGAACCCAUCUACACGGUGACUGACUCAAUAUUUCUUCAUAUAAACACGCACUUGAAAAAAGGAUCAGUGGGGGAAAACAGUGGUUGCUCUUUGUUGCUCUUGCAGAUCAACAAGCUUUAUAAGAUUUUGGAGUAACCCACGUGGCAGCCAGGCAACGGAUUAGAUAUACUCCACUCAUCUAGUAGAGUCAAUGCCAAUUAGUUACAUGGACUUUUUGAGGGCUUAGUACGAGUUUGGUCAAGAUUGCAUACAAAGAUUGGAGAGGAUAUUAAAUUGAGCUCCUGGAGGAAAAGCAGGAUAUAAAACAAACAAACAAACAAACAAACAAACAAAUGCAUUUCCUCCAAUUGCAAAACCUCUCCUCCCCCCACCCCCUCCUUAGAAUAUUAGGUAUUUUUUUAUUUGUGUGAAACUGUGGGUUGCUCCAUAGUCUGGAUUUGAUUCAGAGAUUACUCAGUCAGUUGGAAAGUAGGGAGCAUGAUUUAGGAUAAGAGCCUUAGUACAGAAAGAAGAAACCACCACCUAGCUGGAUCUCUGUGCUCAAAAGGAGAGAGAUUGCAAUUUUCUCCAUGCACAUAAUGACAUGUCAGAAUUAACUGUCUGUAUUCAUGUUUCCAUUUUCUCUCCCCCCCCCAUCCCGUACUCCUUUCACUUUCUAAGAAUCAAGCCUGUUAGGCUUAAUAUUAAAAGUACGGUUCUUGAAAGAGGUUUGAUAACAGUUGGGCGCCUUCUGCUUUUUUUACUGGAUUCUUUUGUGAUGCUUCCAGAAGGCUGAAACAAACCCCAAGAUGGCUAUUCAAAUCACACAAUUAAAAGCUGGAAUGAGCUUUAUAUGCACACUUGCUCACAAUGUGCACCGUGAUGACUGUUGCCUUGGGGAAAUAGCAGUGCAGCCAAUAAUUGAAAUGCUGCAAUUCAUGAAUGUAUUUGUGUCUAUUUCUUUUCAGAAGCAGAGGGGCAUUCAAAUUAUUUAUUACUUCCAAGGUGCCUAUGGUGGCGGCAGGCAGAGGGUGUGCUGUAAAUUACCAAGAGUGCAGUCAGUUCUUCCCUGAAAUAAGGGGUCAAGCAGGCUUUGGCUUUGUUACAACCUUAGUAGGUAGCUCAGUAAUUUUUCACAGAGGAAUAAGUCUGCUUUUACGUUACAUUUACUUAUAGAGCAGAACAUCAGGCAUUGCACUUGUGAACCUAUCUGGAUUUAACAUAAAGCUGCCUUUUUGUUGAUGUGUUGACUGCAGUCAUUGAUGAUUAAGCUUCUCCUAUAUAACCACGGAGCCAUGUUAUGAGCCAGCUUUUACAAAUAAAGAACGGUAUUUUUUUUUUCUGCUCACUUGAAAACUAAAUUGUAGUUACACUUACCUUGCAUGGGAGAUAUGGGUGCACUGCUGAUGUGGAUAUCCACAUCUAGGCAAGGGCAUGCAUCACAAUACAAUAGUUGCCUAUGCUCUUGUGAAAUAUUUAUAUUGAUAGGUGCAGUUAUAAUUAGGUCUUUUGCGAUUAGAAGGUUUUGGCUGGCGUUGGAUAGGGACUAGGUACUUAUGUUAACUUUUGCUGUAUUUCUGUUUUUCUGUUUGCAAGCAUUGGCACAUGGGCAUUCAAAUUCUAUAUAUAUAAAAUCCUUAUGGUCAGGGUCUAUGGUAAGAAGCUCCUAUAGUAGUGUAUGCACUCGUCUCUGGUUAUAUUUUUAUAUGUCAAAGGUUUUCCUAAUAUUACUUCACUUUGCCAUUGAAGCUUGUGGUAAAAUAGCCAAAUCUCUUACAACCAUAUGGCUUUUUUUUUUUUUUUAAACAUCCCUAGGGAUCACUUUUUCAGUCCCAGGGGUUUUGAAACUUGGGUGGGUAUGGAUAAUUGUAUAUGAUCUAAAAAUUGCUCAUGAAAUUCUGCAGCUCAUAUCAGCAAUUACAAUACCCUUGGGAAUAGGCUUGCAGGCUAGAUCCCUUGAUAUUUAAACUAUUGCUGUGUCUGGAAGCAGCGAGAACAGCUUUCCAGAACAGAGUUGCCCUCUCUGUCUCGCAUUGUGUGUCCUUUGCCAGUUUCACAAUGUCUUUAUUUUUAAGUCUUGCUCUUCAGUUUUGACCCACCGGAUCGGUUAUCACUCCAAUAACUGCAUUCCAUAAGACAGCAGCAUUGUGGCCUCCAGAGCCCCAACAAGCAUAGCUGAUUUUCCUUCCGGAUUACAAACUUCCAAGCUGAACUCUUGUGUAGUUGAUACCCAGCCCAGUUAGAUUAUUGUAACUUUUUAAAGUCCUUGGAGGUGUGCAUCACUGAAUUCAAUUCAGCUAGGCUGAGAUUUUAAGUCCUAUUUAUUGCACUGAGUCGAAUGCAUUUUGAAGGAGAGAAACAAGUAAGCUCUUAUUUUAACAGAUUGCGCCCCCCCCCCUUGGUUGCAUUUGCCUGUUAUUUUUCUUAGAUGUGUUUUCUUUUAGACCCUUAUAGUGGUAUCUUGCAGUGUUUAUAUUAUUUGAGACGUGUUUUGAGCCAGAUUAGAAGUUCUUUUCAAGGGGAAUCUCUGGGUGGUACAUUAAUUCCAUUUAAUUUUCAUUUGUACAAUAUGCUCCCAGUUUUAUUUUCUGCAAAGCUGCAAUGCAUUCACACUCUGUAACAGACUGAGAUGUCUAAAAAUCAGCACUUUAGUUUAAAUUCUGUUUAAAUUGUUUAAGGUUGCUUUAUCUCAGCAUAUCCAAAUUUUUAAAGUAUAACUUUAACAGCACUGUACUGGAAUUUAAAGAAAUUAACAGAUACAGUGGCAUGUUUUAACUAAGUUCUGAAUCUUUAUGUUCGUAAGCAAGCCUCAUCUUUCAGUUUUAGAUCUCCAUCUGCAUAUAUUAUGUGUCCAAAGUGUUGUGAGGAUUUCUAGAAAAAUAUUUCAAGUAUUUUUACUGUUCUGGGUAUGUUUGAAUGUUAAGAAUUGUUAUAGUUUGAACCCUGCUUUUCAUUUUGAGUUUGCAUUAAGGUGAUCAGUAUAAAAUUAUCUGUAUGCAAUGAGAAAGAUCAUUUGGGGAGGGGAAAUCUUUUGGAGAUAUCACCAGGGAAAUUAGGCUAAGACUAUGACACAAACAAUUUUUAAUUUUUUCCAAUUGAAAAAAAAUGAAAAAAAUAAUUUUAACAUUGGCCAUUGUCUUUUCAAAAUUAUGGAAGUGUAUUUUUUUAGAAGCAGGAUAGAGAUCAUGCUGCUUAUAUUUAUUACCUAUAAUGGGAGAAUUUGAAUAAUUUGGCAAUACUGAAAUUAAAAUACAUCUUGCAUUAGUAAUGCAUAUCAUUCCUUUUAAGUGAAUUUCUCUUAUGUGCUAUGCAGUUAUUGUGAUUGAAAAUAUUGCAGGUUUGGCUGAACUGAUUGGAAUUUCUGGAAAUUUUAUUUAUAAGCUUUAGGAAGUUUGAACUGUUAAUUUAUUAGAGACUAGUGUUUUUUCCUUAUUGCCCAUAUUUAACAUUGACUAUGUGAUUUAUCAGGGGCAAUCAUGGUUUCUUAAAUCAAGAAAUUAUUGGUUCCUCAAUAGGUUCUUCCUGGGAAAUUGGGAAAAGGUUUGUAAGGAGGUUAGUCUGCUAUUCAACUGUACAGUUUUGAAAAAUUUGAUCAAGUAUACCAUAUAUAAUUACCUAGAACUGAGUGAUAAGUUUGCAUGAAGGGUGGAUUAUAUUCAGUUCUCAGUAUCUUCCAGCUAAAAGGUUUUCAGAUUACAAAGCUUUGGAAGGAAAAAAAAAAUCCUUGAAAUGUGAGGGAGCACAUUUGGAAAACAUAUUGCAACUACGUGAGGGAAUAUUCUAAUUCAGUCCGUGGCAGAAAUUUACAACAUUCACUGAGCCCAAACUAUUUCUGAGUCCAUUGAAAACUUCUUGCUCAUCUCUGGCUUGUAUAGACACAGCAAUGCAACAUUUUCUUUAAAUAGCAAUUCCUGUUAUCUCCAAACCAGCAAGACAUUCACCCACAUUGGCUGGGGAUUAUAGGAAUGGCAAUCCCAGAAACUUGAACAGUGCCAGAUCAAAGAUUAGGAUUAAGUGAGAAGCCUCACCUAAAAUUAAAUUAGAACUAAAACUCAUCAAGUAUAUUUGAAUGUAACUAGCGUAUCUGUGUGUCUCAACAGACUAUAUGUUAUUACUGUAGAGAUACAGUGUGGAUAAAAACCAAUUUGUUUCAUUCUUAACAAAGAUGGAAUUUAUACUUGAUUAUUUUCUGAUAAGGAGACACAGAAGAGAUAAUGUGGCUUCUUCCACUGGUUCCAGAUGAGCUGGCCUCAGUAAUAGUUGUGGCUUAUAUUUAAAAUUUUGCUGUGAUUAGUUUAUCUUUCUGUCUUGAAGUGACUGAAAAUAUAGCAGCCAUCUUUGAUCAGCAGAGUUCUGCAUCACCUCUUUUGCAGAGUUUUAAGAACCUUGCAUAUUUGUUUUCCAUCUGUAUCACUUGAAGAAGAAGCAUGGCUGACAUUUGCAACAGCUCUGAGGCUCAGUUUAUAUUUGUCAUUUUUAACAAAUUAGAUUGCCUCUAGGUGAACUCUCUGCACCAUUCUUCUAUGAUUAUUUACAUAAUCACCUGCAGUAUAGUUCUCUGUAAAAUCUGAUUGUGUACACAUAUAUGAUAUUUGUUCUUCUUAAGAGUUUAAAGAAGCUUUACAUGGUAACAAAUCAGCAGAAGUAGAACAUACUAGCAGAAGUAGAACAUAUAAAUCCAUCUGGCCAAUGUACAAGUGCUCUAGUUUACCCCAUUUCCCUGAAAGUGUAAAAGAGAAUCAACAGGAAAUGUGUGCUGUGUUUUUGCUUCUUUACAUCUGUGGCACUUUAUUUUUCCACUGGAAUUAAAGAACAAAACUACUAGAUCGGAUGCAAGUUGCUCUAUUUCUUCAAAGACCAAGUCUUGUGAAAGCUUCACUAUAGAACAGAAAAGGCAUCUCAUUUUAUUUUACCUCAUGUCAGCCUGGAAGAUUGGUCAAGAUUUUAAGUGCAAGGAAGAGAUCCUCUGUUUUUUAUAAUGUUGGUUCUUCUGAGACCUGUUCAAAAGAAUUAAAAUGGAAGACAGACCCCUUCAAUAUUCCCCACACUGAGAGAUGGUCCACUGAAAGAGAGAGAGUUGCUUACUUCCACUGGCCUUUUGAUGCUGAAACAAGGAAAAUAGGGCAUAUCUUAUAAAAGAAGGGAUGAAAUGGGUGAUCCUAAAUCAGUGUUCUUCAAACUUGGCCUCUUUGCAUCAUGUGGUUAAAAAACAACAUACAGGUUGUUGUUGUUUUUUAAAGUUCAUUGUGGCAAGUGUGAAGAAGGAUUCUGGGCAGUCAUUUGAUUCCCUGUGAUUUGAAUGUGCGAGGUUCCAUUCCUCCCACAGUUAGCAACAAUUGGUAUACCAUACUUGAAGCUGAAGCUUUUCACAAUUUCAUAUGCAGUAGCUGCCAUCAAAAUGAUUUGUCCUUACUGCAUUGGUACAAGUUUAUAUAAUGUGAUUUUUCUGGGAAAUGGAAGUUGAGCAGAGGCAUAAUUCAAGGCAGUUAUUAGAGGAAGGUAACAAAAUAUUGGUUGAAAUUCCUUGCUCAAGACGUACCUUUAAGUUAUUUCCAAGAGUAAUUGCCUCUCUAUGUCCCUAUGUAAAACCCAAGCAACAAUUGCCCUCAGACUGUAGCUUAUGCUUAUUUUGAUUCCUUUCCCUCAAGUGGAGCCUGAAUAGCAAAACCAAAACUCAAAAAUGAAUUACCCAAGUCUUCAUUAUCUAACCUAUAAGCUACUCUUCCUGUAAAUGUUGAUGUUUCCCAACUAUCCACUGGGCAAUUAAACUGUUAAUCAGGCUUUUCUGAAAUAUAGAGUGGAUUAUGUUCUGAAAUAUAGAGUGCUGAGCAAAAGCCAGAAAUGAGGACCUGGGGGAAGAGGAAGGACCUUGCCUAAAAAUCUUAAUUACUCCCCAGGGGAACACAAAGA